AUGAGGAAGAAAUCGCUGACACAAGAUGUUAUUCUUCAUUGGGGUUUCACGAGAAGGAAGAAUAUGAAUAUGAUGUGCUGCUUAUUAUGCUACGCGGAUAAUGAUUCUCACAGUCAUCUAUUCUUCGAGUGCAAGUUCUCUUCUCAAGUUUGGAGUAUCAUUAGACAAAAGGUGGGAAUGGAUAAUGUUAAUCAUAAUUGGGAGAAUAUUGUGAGCUGUUUGCUGGUGCAUGCGAAAUCCAAAUCGGCCGCUAAUUAUGUUAGCAGAAUUCUAGUGGCGGCGACUGCUUAUUUCAUCUGGCAGGAACGGAAUGCUCGUCUUUUCAAAAACCAACUGAGACCUCCAGAGACUAUCUGUGCGAUCAUCUUUAAUACGGUUCGGUACAAGCUCAUGGGAGUGAAGCUGAAGAAGACGGAUAAUGUGCGCAGGCUUCUAGGUGAAUGGGAGAUUCGGGACAAGGACAUCAUGGACGAUGGCGGCUGA